UUAUCUAGCUCUGAGAGGGGGGAGAUUUCCUGUCCUUUUCUUCCAGUAAUUCACUUAACUUCUCUAAGAAUCUGAAUGCUAUACCAAUUGAUGCAUAUAUUUUUAGGAUUGAUAUUACUUCAUUUUCUAUGUGUACCUUUCACUAAGAUGUAAUUUCCUUCCCUAUUUUUCUAAUUAAAUCUAUUUUUGUUUUUGCUUUGUCUGAGAGCAGGACUACUAUCUCUCUUUUUCUUUUUUACUUCAGCUGAAGCAUAAUAUAUUCUGCUCUAGCAUUUUACUUUGUAUGUAUUCUCUGUAAAUGUAUUAAUUUUUUGUAAAUAACAUAUUGUAAGAAUCUGAUUUUUAAUCCACUUUGCUAUCUGCUUCCAUUCACAUUCACAUUCACAUUAUGAUUUCUAUGUAUUCCCCUCCAUUCUAUUUCCUCCAUUAUUCUUUUCUCCCUUCUCAUCAAUGUUUGGCUUCUGACCACAGCCUUCUCAAUCUUCCCUCCCUUCUGUUAGACCCACUCUCUUUUCUUUCCCCUUUCCCCUCCUACUUCUCUAAAAAGUAAGAUAGAUUUCUCUACUCAACUGAGUGAGCAAAAUAAGAUGAAAGUAAGGUCCAAACAAUGUUCAUCCCUCUCCUUUCUUUCCAUUUACUGUAAUAGACAUUUCAUGUCUUUUCAUGUGAUGUAAUUUAUCCCAUUCAGACCCCUCUUUCCUCUUCUCCUAAUUCAAUGGAUCUUUUAUACCUCUUCAUGUCAUUUAACUUAUCUUAUUUUGCUUCUCCCUUUCUUCUUCUCCCAAUACAAUGCUUUUUUUCACCCCUUAACUUUUAUUUUUUUGUAUCAUAACAUCAAAGACAAUGUAUAAGUAUAUGUAAUUCCUUCUAAAUGCCCUAAUAGAGAUACAGUGCUCAAAGUUACAAGUAUCAUAUUCCCAUGUAGGGGUAUAAAUACUAUAAUCUUUUUAAAUAAUAACUUUUUUUCUUUCUUAUUUACCCUUUUAUUUUUCUCUUGAGUCUUAUAUUUGAAGAUCAGAUUUUCUGUUUAGCCCUGGAUUUUUCAUCAGGAAAGUUUGAAAAUCUCUUAUUUCAUUGAUUUUUUCAUCUUUUCCUCUGAGAGAUUAUGCUCAGUUUUGCUGGAUAGUUGAUUCUUUCUUGUAAUCCAAGCUCCAUUGCUUUCUGGAAUAUCAUAUUCCCAGCCUUCUGAUUCUUUAAUGUACAAGAUCCUAAAUCCUGUGUAAUCCUGACUGUGGCUCCUUGAAAUAUGAAUUCUUUCUUUCUGACUGCUUAUAAUAAUUUCAAUUUGAUAUGAUAAUUCUGGAAUUUGACCACAACAUUCCUUGGGUUUUUCAUUUUGGGAUCUCUUUCAGGAGGUGAUCAGUGGAUUCUUUAGAUGAUUAUUUUAUCCUCUGGUAACAGAAUAUCAGAGGAGUUUUCCUUCAUAAUUUCUUGAAAGAUGCUGUUGAGGCUCUUUUUUUGAAAAUAUCUUUGAGGUAUUCCAAUAAUCCUUAAUUUAUUUCUCCUAGAUAUAUUUCCAGGUCAGUUGUUUUUUUUUUUUUUCAGUAAGAUAUACAUUUUCUUCUAUUUUUUCAUUCUUUUGAUUUUGUUUGAUUAAUUCUUAACAUGUCAUGGAGUCAUUAGAUUUCACUUGCCCAAUUUUAAGGAAGUAUUUUCUUCAGUCAGCUUUAUCCCAAUUCUACUUUAAAGGAAUUAUUUUCUUCAGUGUAUUUUUUCACCAUUUGGCCAAUUCUAUUUUUUAAAGAGUUGUUUUCUUCAGUCAAUUUUUGUGUUUCCUUUUUUAAGAUGUUGACUCUUUUUUCAUAAUUCUUCUGCAUAACUCUCAUAUCGUUUCCCAAUUCUUCUUCUUUCUCUCUUACUUGAUUUUUAAAAUCCUUUUUGAGCUCUUCCAAGAGAACUUUUUGGACUAGAGAUCAAUUCAUAUUCCCCUUUAAGACUUCCCAUGUAGGCAUUUUGACAUUGUUGUCCUCUUCUCUGUUUGUAUUUCCAUCCUCCCUGUUGUCAUAGUAGCUUUCUUUGAUUAAGGCUCUUCUCGGUCUUUUUGCUAAUUUUUUAAAAAUUGAGCUCUGUUUCUGGGGCAUAUGGGGCACUGUCCCAAGCUUCCUGUACUGGAGGUCAGGAGCCCUGUCAUUGGUUUUCCACAACAGGAUCCCAGGUGCUUAGGGCUUGCCCAUUGCGCUGGGGAGGUCCAAGCAAGUAAUAUCCUGGCUUCUUUUUUUCAGCUUCAUGAAGUGCUUUAAGUACUCAAAUGAGGACUUUAUCCUGAAGGUUAUUGGACGCUACUAAAGUUUGUUGAGUAGGUAGUAGGGGAAAACAUUCCAUUUUUCAUCACGAAUCCAAUGAAAUUAUGGCAGGUCAUUGUGUUGAUCAGAGUUAUUAAGUUUUUCACAUUUGAUUAUUGUUACUGUAUAAAUUUUUCUCCUCCUUCUGCUCAUUUCACUUUGUUUCAGACUACAUAAAUCUUCCCAGCUCCUUCUGAAAUCAUCCCCUUCAUCAUUUCUUAUAGUUUACCAUUCCCUCAUAUUCAUGCACUAUAACUUGUUCAGCCCUUCCCCAAACCACGGGCAUCCACUCUCACUUUCAACAGAUAGCCUUGCCUCCCGCUUGACUGAUAAGGUCAUAUCUGAGGUCUUAGCCUCUCCUUUCCAAUACAAAAAAUAAAAGCAUUGUACUUUUAUGCCGUCCCCCGCUACAUCCUCUGCUUCCCGUUCCACCGGGCUUCUCCCUGCUAAUACCUUAAUUCUGAGAUUAUCUCCUCUCUGUUUCUUAUGACAUAUUGCUUAAGUAUAUAAUAGUUUGUGUGGUCUCUUCCAUUAGAAUAGGACAUCUCUGAGGGCAAGAACAUUUUCGGAGGAGCGUAGGGGAAAGGGGCACAUAGUAGGCGCUUCUUGCUGCUCCGCAGACAAUAUUAGCCCCGACUAGCCAGACCUCUCCCCAGCAGUCCGCGGAGAACAGGGCAGGUUCCCGGGGCACACACAAGGUAGAGGCGGGGCGAGAGCGGCGCAGACGCACUCCACACAUGCCCAACCCCGGCUUUUCCCUCCGCUCCCCAACAUAGGAGGACUCCGGGGCCGGCCGAGUGCACUCCUUUUUGCCUCCGCCGCGCGGCCCUAUCGCGCGCUCAGUGUCGGGUGCCCGGUGCGGGGGCUGUCAUCGCCAUGAAAGAUAUGGUGGAUCGGAAGCUGCGCGUGGCCGUGGUGGUAUCCUUCGCCUCCGGCUGCUUUUUUGGCUGGCAGGCGUGCCUCAUGUGGAGGCGCUUCCUGGUCUGGCGAAAGCGGCGGCUGCAGAAAAAGCUGCAAGAAACGCAGAGGAAGCUGGACAUGAACUGAGCCGCCGGGACCCUCCCCAUCCGGAGACCGCUGCCCUGGAGGCGCCGCUGGCCUGAACUCCGGACCCUGCCCGCCUUGCCUCGCUGCGUCCGGAUCCUCGCGCUUUUCGAAGAUGGACAUAAAGAACUGGACAGAAACAAUUUCCUCCUGCAGUUUAUCAAUUGAUUUUUAUCUUUAAAAAAAAUUGGACAUCUUUUCAAUCUACUUUUUUAAAAAGAGAAAACAGUGUUGAAUAUCCUUUAUUGAAUAGUUUUGAAGGUCCAAGGGUCAGAAGAAUAAAGUUAUUUCAUCUGGUGAUAAUGAUUAUACCUAAGUAAGCCAUUUUGCUCACAAGGACUUUGUGAAAAUAAGUGAGAUGAUGUAAGAGGCUUUGAAUUUCUAAGAUUCCAAAAAAGUACAAAAUAUACCUCUAAUAAUAUUACUAUUAGCAAGAAUCUUGUUUGUGGAAAAAAAUUGUAAAAUCAUAUGAAUUUAAGUAAUUUAUUAUUAACUAUAAAUUUUAUAAUCUGUUCUUGACUUAAUUUGCCAGUUCCAAGGUACUGUACUAUUUUUUUUAAAGUGCCCUUGAUUAUAUUAACUUAGUAAUACUGGUACUUUUCAUCCACAAAAGAUAAGAAAUAUCUAUGUUAUCCUGGGUGCUUGAGCUGUUGAAUUCUAAAGUAGGGCCCUUUAUUUUAUUCAUAUAGUUAAGUUUAUCAGGAGCCUUACUGAUAAGGCUGUUUCCUCCAGGCAGCUGCAUUGUCCAUCAAUUAUCUCACUCUUGUCACAUGAUCUGUCUUUUGUGAGUAUACAUUUUUUGGCUGACAUUCUUUACCCUAAUUUAUCAAAAUUCUUAGCCUAUUUUCACAUCUACUAUGUGCUUCUCCAUUGCCCUCUGAGAGAUCAUUUUUAAUUCUUUAAAGACCUUUAUAUAAUUGAGUCAAAAAAAAAAGGCAAUAGAAUAUUGGUAUUCAAAAAAAUUGAUCUUUCAAGAUAUUUUGGGAAAUUAAAGUGCUUGUAUAUUAGAGCAGAGAUGUCAAACUCAAGUUGCCAAAUAAAAAUACAGUAUAACAUAGAUAAUGUUCUUUUGUGGUUUUCUAAGUUAAUGUGUGGUGUCAGGAUUCCUUUUCUAUUUGACUGACUUUACUGCUCUACUAUUCUCUACUGGUUUAAUUCUGAAUUCAACUUGUUCAUUGUAAUGCCUGUGUCCAAGAUACAUAUCUAUUGAUGGAUGUGUGUAACAGAUUGACUGUCUUAAUCUGGGUUAUAGGCAGUGUUCAUGCAAACACCCUGGAACUUGCAAAGGACCACACCAUCUAUAGAGAAUAUCUCUUCAAUUUCAAAUUGAGCUUCUGCACUGGAUUUUUUCCAUAAUUGUGAAUACUGUUGACUAUGUUUUUUCCCAUUUUAUUCCUCUGGUAUUAUUAAUCAGAAGGUUGUGGAAUGAGAUUAUUUCUGCAAUUUUAGGGAAUGUUCUCUUUGAUGAUAUGCAUACAAAUUAUUUGUCUAUUUUAAUAUAAUAAAAGUUUAAUUGAUA